UACACUUCCCUAAGAUCACCAUCUGGGGGCGGUGUUGUUUUAGCGCUUAGGAUGAUGCGACUGCCGGUGAUGGAGACGUCUACAAUAGAUGCUAAACCGCGCGAUCGUAGCAAGAUAUCGCUUGAAAUACUUGCGACUCCACAAUAACCGCAGGUUUUAGCAAGAGAAAAGAAGCAGCCUUCAGCUCCUGGAGACAAAGCCCGAGUCUGCUUUGCUCUGAUCGCUUUAUUGUCGGACCGGGCCCGCCCAUAAUCCAGAGCAUCUCUAUGAAAGCCGGCAGACAAUGCACUACUCAACAUAAAACUGGAGGUAGGCUGAGAUGAAAUGUGUCAUAUCAGUUAACUGGGAUCGUUUCGUGCAGAUGGGAUGAGGAUAACGAGACGCAUUUUUCUAGCGCUGUUUCUGAACUGACAGAAACCAUUGCGUUAUUGUCAGUGGCUCGUGGGAUGCUCUAAAACAUAUCUUCAGUAUUGAGCAGGUUUCCCCGGCUGAGAUGUUUUUCCCAGGUCAUUUCCAGCAUAUUUUCAAACAGCUCAACCACCAGCGGCUCCACGCUCAGAUGUGUGACUGCGUGGUGGUGGUCGGUGGCCAGACCUUCCAGGCUCACCGCUCCAUCCUGGCAGCCUGCAGCUCUCACUUCAGGGCUCUCCUCAGCUCCAGUGACGGUGCUGAUGAAGUUGGAGGUCCAGGAGCUGAUGGAGGCGGAGACGGGGGCCCCAUUGUGAUGGAGCUGGACGCGGAGGUGGUGACCCCAGAGGCCUUCUCAACCCUUCUGGACAUGAUUUACACCUCCACCCUCUCCAUAGGUUCCUCUAAUGUCAUGGAUGUGCUGUUAGCGGCGUCGCAUUUGCACCUGAACACGGUGGUCAAGGCGUGCAAGCUCCACCUGUCCAGGAAAAACUUUCCCGCAUCCCCUCCUAAAGGCUGGAGGUCAGUGCAACAGCAGCAGCAAAGUUCGUCUUCACGGGCUGCAGCCUGCACGCAGCAGCAGGUCACGUCGGCCAUGGAGGACGUCCUCGCUGAAGAGGACGUGGGAGAGGAGGUGAGCCAGUCUGGUGGGGAAGAAGACAGCGUGCUGAGGAGGAGAGUCAGUGGCGAGCAGAGUGUAGAAUCAUCUUUGGGGCAGAAGAGAAAGUCGCAGGAGGACAGGCUCGGUGGCAGGAAGAGAUCGUGCCGGGUGCCCGGAGAAAACUGUAAGGAGGGUUCGCCCACCGUGACCAGGAGCACUGCGAGUACAGAGGACGGAGCAGAUGAUCUGUUCUCUCCAGACUGCCUGAAGACGACCGACCGACUCUGGGAAAGGCUACUCGACGACUACGAGAAGGAGGAGAAAUACGAGGCCGCCAAGGGAGAGUUGGAGGAGCUGCCGAGCCAGUCGGACAGCGGCACAGGGGGCGUCGGGGUGUGUGAGAAGAGCGAGGACACAGAUGGAGACAACGUGGUCAAAGUUAAGGUGGGGGAAGAGGAGGGAGAGGAGCUUAAGUUGGCUGUGGUUGAGGUUAAAAAAGAAAAUCCAAGCUCGUAUUCUCCAAAUUUAGAAACCCUACAAAAUGACUCUCCUCCGUCUCCACUGCAAAACUGCGCAGACGAUUUGAACGCACAACUAAAUGAGGAGAAAACCACCAUCAUCCCGACAGAGGGUGGUGCCAGCUCUUUACAAUCCCAUCUGUGCACAGAUCUUCACACGGACGUACACGGGGAGGCUGGAGGUGCGGGCGAGGACUCUGUAGAUGGAGAAGGCCUGGACAGCCUGUCAGAGCUUGCCUUUUCCUGCUUUCUCAAUCCCAGUGAAAGCGUUAUGGGGGCUUUGGAAGAAGAAGACAGUCUCGCUUGUCUCACAGCUGCCGCUACCGCUGCUGCUGCUGCUGCCAGUGACGCUCCAACAGCUCCUGCAGGCACAGAUGAGCAACAGCCAGAAGAAGCUGCUCCUUCCUCUGAUUCGUCAUCUUCUCUUGUUUUUCCAGUAGCCUCAGUCCCCUUGCAGCAGCUCCUCCCGACUCAAAGCCCUAGCUUUAGUGACACAAUCAUCCUCCAGCCCGCCCAGAGCUCUUUGACGGGGUUCCUGAGCGGCAUCAGACCAGGCCUCAGUUUGGAAGCCUCCCUCGUCCAACCUUCCAGGGCUGGGAAAAGCUCAGGGGCGACGACCUUCCGUCGCAUCGCCCCCAAAGUGCAGCCUGGAUCGGAAACCGGCGCAGAUCCUUUGUCCGCACCGGCGGGAGAAGCAACCGAUCGGCCUCCUCUAACCAGAGCUUCAGAGGAUGUUCUGUCCAAGUGCAAGAAAGCGGCUGCUGAGGACCACGUGCUGUUGGUGGAAGGGGAGAAGAAAUACGCCUGCAAAAUCUGCUGCAAGACCUUCAUGAACCUGACCGACUGCAAGAAGCACAUCCGUGUCCACACAGGGGAAAAGCCCUAUCCCUGUCCAAAAUGUGGCAAGCGCUUCAGCCAGUCAUCCCAUCUGUACAAGCACUCGAAGAACACCUGCCUCAGCUGGAAAGAUGAUCAGUCUUUGCCAGAAACUCUGCUCUGACCUGUGAAGUUGCCUGUAGACGUAACUACACACGAUCUUCAAGCAAAUUGCACUGUUAUUUAUCUACCAAAAGAAAUAAUUUUUUGACAUUUCUGGGUACAUUGAAUUGAGUCAGUAUUGUCAUAUACACCGAUCAGGCAUAACAUUAAGACCACUGACGGAAGAAGUGAAUAACAUUGACCAUCUUGUGACCAUGCAAUGUACACUUUUGGACCUGGCUUUAGUGUGUGGAUGUUACUUACAACACAACGUGUUG